CCGGAAGUAAGAUUAUUCAUUGUGUUAGUCAUUUAGUGUAGGUGAUCCUAACGUAAACAUUUCGCCUAAUCUUAGAAUCUACGCUUUAGUAAACUUUUGUUAGUGAAUUGAGUAUUGAGUUAGAUCUAUUCAAAAGAUCUAGAUCUAGCUUUAUUUAUUUAUUUAUAACCAACAGCAGUAACAGCUGCUUUAGAAUUUAGAUUGUUGAUCAACAGUACCGAGUACCGACGGAUACUGUCACUGAAUCGUACGUAGUCUACAGUACAGUAAUGGCCACAAAACGAAUUAAUAAGGAGCUUCAGGAUUUACGCAGAGAUCCACCUGCUGGCUGUUCUGCCGGUCCUGUGGGAGAUGACUUGUAUCAGUGGGAAGCAAUGAUUCAAGGACCUCCGGAUAGUGCAUAUGCAGAUGGUGUUUUUUCUUUGGCCAUUCAUUUUCCUACAGAUUAUCCAUUUAAACCACCAAAGAUCACAUUUACAACAAAGAUUUACCACCCAAAUAUUCACAGUAAUGGUAGUAUAUGCCUCGACAUACUCAGGUCACAAUGGUCACCUGCUCUAACCAUAUCUAAAGUUCUUAUUUCAAUUACAUCACUGCUCACAGAUCCAAAUCCAGAUGAUCCCCUAGUCCCAGAAAUAGCCAGAGUUUAUAAAACAGACAGAUCUAAAUAUGAAGAAUUAGCUAAAGAUUGGACAAAGAAGUAUGCAAGCUCUUGACUGGAAUAGUAGGUCUGAUGUGAAGUAUUAAUUGCCUUCUGCUAUAGUAUAACAAGGGUGCAUAUUGUAUGCUGGUUUUUAAUAUUGUCAAAGUGCUUAGAAAUUACAAAAUGUUGUUUAUGAUCUGCCAUAUUGAGUAGAGAUAAUAUACAUCUAAAAAUAAAAAAAAAAACAAUUGUAAUUUAAUUAAUUUUACACUUUGUCUUGCUUGUAUUGUAUUAUUCUUAAGAAAAGCUCUCCUGUCAAUUUAUUAAACUUUUUCAAACAAAAGACAUAUUCUUAUAAUAAAUGAAAGUGUUUACUUCAAAAGUUACUUCUAAAGGGUUGUCAGUCAUAUCAGUUUGAUAAUAAUAAUCUCAUUGCCAUAAUAAACAUGCCCUACAUACUUCAGGAUAUCGGAUUGACAGUCUGUUUAAAUGUUCCUUUAUGGAAGAAUAUUAAAGUAUUAUUUUUAAACAUAUCCAUAUAUUUGAAUUUUGAAACCUCAACGGUUUAGACAUUUUUUUUUAUUCUUCUACAUUAUUUAAAAUAAGUUACUUCAGCAGAUGUUGCUAUAAAUGCUCAGAACUUACUAUAAUUUUUUUAAAGUUACCUCUGCAUGGGGUUCAAAGUGCAAAAUUGUAUAUUUCCUUUUCAAGAAAAAAGACAUUAACACAGUUAGCACUUACAUCACUGUUAAAUAUUUUUAGUUUAUAUUUUGAAAUGAACGAAUAUUGGGUUAGAUGCCUUAGCUCAAGAAAAAAAUUCAUUUUUUUUUUACUUUUAAAAUAUUACUAACUUAAAUACAUAUAUGAUGUAAAAAAAGUGAUACAAAUAAU